AUCAACGUCCACAUAAAUUGUAUCUUAAGUCUUGAAGACUGGGCGCCGUUAGAGCAAACAGACAACAAACAGGGCCAGUUAGUUUUAUCUCUCUCUCCAUUGAUAUCACAUCUUCACUCCCCCCGACAACGUGAGCUAAAGAUGACCUGAGUGUAUCAGGCCUGGUCUAGUUAGGGCUUAUCUGAAGCCUGCAUGUAGAGAGAGCUCUUUGUACAAAGUUGUUGUGUAAAUAUAUUUUUAUUUUACAACUCUCUCUGUAAAAUAGAAAUAUGUUAUCAAGAAAAAUUGUGUACAACAAUACCACAGGCCCAUACUAACUGUCCUUAAUUUCUCUCCUACAGCAGUACUGCUUUGCCAGUCCUGUACUGCACUCUGUUAAGGGUGCAGCAACUCAUCCUGUGUAGGUUAUGGGGAUCACAGAGAUCUGUGCACUUGUCAGUUUGGUCAGGGUCCACUGGCUGCUUGUUUGAGGGGAAUCAGAUGCAGCCCUGCUACAACAAACCUCAACCCCACCCCCUUAUAAGAGCCUGUAUUUAUUUGGCUUUAAAAUAAGUCAAAUUCACGAGGCAUUCACUUUGAAUAUUUACCUCCAAAUAUUUUCUCUACAUACUUUUUUUAAGCAUCUAGCUUUUCCCUGAAAGUCAAGAUCUAAACAUGAGAUGAUGGAAGAAUAAUAAUCAGCCUGGUUCUGGCAUCAUGUUAAAGAGAUAUAUCUUCAUUUAAAUGCCAAAUAUUUACUUUUGUAUUUUAGUAAUGUCAUUCUUAGCCUGGAAAUCUUGACUUUUAUUCUGAUCUGCUAGUGUAAAUACAGGGGGAGUCUAGACCACAGGGUCACAUAUUAUUGUUAUGUCCCAAGAAGAUGCUUCUGUUUUUUUUUUUUUUGAGUGCAAUGAAUCAAUGCAACACAGGUGGUAUACUGUUGUGUGUGAGUUCAAACCCUUUUCCAAAGUGUUACUAAUGGUAAAGAGAAAUUUUCUAGGCUUCUUUUCUGCCGGUUGAAGUCUGACUGCAGAUGGACCCUUGGCACUGAAAGUGGGGCAAAACGCCGGACCCCAAGAUGCAGAUCAGGUCGUACGUGGACGUCAUGUUGGAGCAAAACCUGUCCAAAGAGGAGAGGGAGAUUCGUCUGCAGCUGGCAGAGAAGGCCAAAUCUGGGGACCUGAAAGUGGUCAACGGUUCCGCUGCAAGCCAAGCUGCCGCAAAACGUAAGCGUCGCUGGGACCAGACAGCGGACCAAACCCCGACUAAUACUACACCUAAAAAGAUGUCCAGCUGGGACCAGGCAGACAACGCGUCUGAGACUCCAGGACACACCCCUGCACACACACCUUCAAACAGCCGAUGGGACGAAACCCCCGGCCGCGCUAAAGGCAGUGAAACCCCUGGAGCCACCCCGAGUACACGCAUGUGGGACCCCACCCCCAGCCACACACCUGCCGGUGCUGCCACUCCUGGCAGGGACACACCAGGCCAUGCUACACCCGGACACGGUGGAGCCACAGGAAGCGUCCGCAAGAACCGCUGGGAUGAGACACCAAAGACGGAAAGAGAGACCCCGGGACACGGGAGCGGCUGGGCUGAAACGCCACGCACGGACAGAGGAGACGAGUCGGUGGGCGAGACUCCGACUCCAGGGGCCAGUAAGAGAAAGUCUCGGUGGGAUGAAACUCCUGCGAGUCAGAUGGGAUCCUCAACGCCACUUAUGACCCCGGGAAAAACUCCGAUAGGAACGCCAGCUAUGAACAUGGCCACCCCAACACCAGGUCAUCUGAUGAGCAUGACCCCAGAGCAGCUGCAGGCGUGGAGGUGGGAGAGAGAAAUCGACGAGAGGAACCGCCCUCUCACAGACGAGGAGCUUGACGCCAUGUUUCCAGAGGGAUACAAGGUCUUGCCUCCACCCGCAGGCUACGUGCCGAUCCGAACUCCGGCUCGUAAGCUCUCAGCCACUCCCACUCCUAUCGGCGGCAUGACAGGCUUCCACAUGCAGGUCGAGGACCGCACCACCAAACAGAUGAACGACCAGCCUUCAGGAAACCUCCCCUUCCUCAAACCUGACGACAUCCAGUAUUUUGACAAGCUGUUGGUCGAGGUGGAUGAGUCCACGCUGAGCCCCGAGGAGCAGAAAGAGAGGAAGAUCAUGAAGCUGCUGCUGAAGAUAAAAAAUGGGACGCCACCCAUGAGGAAGGCUGCUCUGCGUCAAAUCACAGAUAAGGCUCGUGAGUUCGGAGCAGGACCCCUCUUCAACCAGAUCCUGCCUCUACUGAUGUCGCCAACUCUGGAGGACCAGGAGCGUCAUCUGCUGGUUAAAGUCAUUGACCGCAUUCUCUACAAACUGGACGACCUGGUUCGACCAUACGUACACAAGAUUCUGGUGGUGAUCGAGCCGCUGCUGAUCGAUGAGGACUACUACGCCCGAGUGGAAGGCAGAGAGAUCAUCUCUAACUUGGCAAAGGCUGCAGGUUUGGCUACAAUGAUCUCCACGAUGCGACCUGAUAUCGACAACAUGGACGAGUAUGUGAGAAACACCACAGCCCGAGCCUUUGCCGUGGUGGCGUCCGCUCUCGGUAUUCCCUCCCUCCUGCCUUUCCUCAAAGCAGUGUGCAAAAGUAAGAAGUCCUGGCAGGCUCGGCACACAGGCAUCAAGAUCGUGCAGCAGAUCGCCAUCCUGAUGGGCUGCGCCAUUCUGCCCCACCUCCGCAGCUUGGUGGAGAUUAUUGAACACGGUCUGGUGGACGAGCAGCAGAAGGUCAGGACCAUCAGCGCUCUGGCUAUAGCUGCUCUGGCCGAGGCUGCAACUCCGUACGGUAUCGAAUCCUUUGAUUCUGUCCUCAAGCCGCUGUGGAAGGGUAUCAGACAGCACAGAGGAAAGGGUCUGGCUGCUUUCCUGAAAGCUAUCGGCUACCUGAUCCCCCUGAUGGACGCCGAGUACGCAAACUACUACACCAGAGAGGUGAUGCUGAUCCUCAUCAGAGAGUUCCAGUCCCCCGACGAGGAGAUGAAGAAGAUUGUACUUAAGGUGGUGAAGCAGUGUUGUGGCACUGAUGGUGUUGAAGCAAACUACAUAAAGACUGAGAUCCUGCCCCCCUUCUUCAAGCACUUCUGGCAGCACAGGAUGGCUCUGGACAGACGCAACUACAGACAGUUGGUGGACACCACGGUCGAGCUGGCCAACAAGGUGGGAGCAGCAGAGAUCAUUUCUCGUAUCGUUGAUGACCUGAAAGAUGAGGCUGAGCAGUACAGAAAGAUGGUGAUGGAAACCAUUGAGAAAAUCAUGGGAAACCUGGGCGCAGCCGACAUCGACCACAAGCUGGAGGAGCAGCUGAUCGACGGUAUCCUGUAUGCCUUCCAGGAGCAGACGACAGAGGACUCUGUGAUGCUGAAUGGUUUCGGCACCGUGGUUAACGCCCUAGGGAAACGCGUGAAGCCCUACCUGCCUCAGAUCUGCGGUACAGUGCUGUGGCGUCUGAACAACAAGUCUGCUAAAGUCCGUCAGCAGGCCGCUGAUCUGAUCUCACGUACAGCCGUGGUCAUGAAGACCUGCCAGGAGGAAAAGCUGAUGGGUCACUUGGGUGUGGUGCUGUACGAGUACCUGGGAGAGGAAUACCCCGAGGUGCUGGGAAGCAUCCUUGGAGCGCUGAAGGCCAUCGUUAAUGUUAUUGGUAUGCACAAGAUGACUCCACCUAUCAAAGACCUGCUCCCUCGUCUGACCCCAAUCCUGAAGAACAGACACGAGAAAGUGCAGGAGAACUGUAUCGACCUGGUGGGCAGGAUAGCCGACAGGGGUGCUGAGUACGUGUCGGCCAGAGAGUGGAUGAGGAUUUGUUUUGAACUGCUGGAGCUGCUGAAGGCUCACAAAAAGGCGAUCCGCAGAGCUACUGUCAACACAUUUGGUUACAUCGCCAAAGCCAUUGGCCCUCACGAUGUCUUAGCCACGCUUCUCAAUAAUCUGAAAGUCCAGGAGCGUCAGAACAGAGUCUGUACCACCGUGGCCAUCGCCAUCGUCGCUGAGACUUGCUCGCCGUUCACAGUGCUGCCGGCACUCAUGAACGAAUACCGUGUCCCAGAACUCAACGUGCAGAAUGGCGUGCUGAAAUCUCUCUCCUUCCUGUUUGAGUACAUCGGAGAGAUGGGCAAAGACUACAUCUACGCCGUCACACCGCUGCUGGAGGAUGCACUCAUGGACAGAGACCUAGUCCAUAGACAGACGGCGAGCGCGGUGGUCCAGCACAUGUCAUUGGGUGUCUACGGCUUCGGCUGUGAGGACUCUCUGAAUCACUUGUUGAACUACGUUUGGCCCAACGUGUUUGAGACGUCACCUCAUGUGAUCCAGGCCGUCAUGGGCGCUCUGGAGGGGCUGAGGGUCGCCAUCGGACCCUGUCGCAUGCUGCAAUACUGCUUACAGGGCCUGUUCCAUCCGGCCAGGAAGGUGCGAGACGUUUACUGGAAGAUCUACAACUCGAUCUACAUCGGCUCGCAGGACGCCCUCAUCGCUCACUACCCGCAGGUCAACAACGACGAGAAGAACAUCUACGUGCGCUACGAGCUCGAGUACUCUUUGUAAAUACGAUUUAAUACCCUUAAUUCUUUUCUCCUCCGCACUGUCGACUGAGUCAGGUUUUAGUUUUAGCUCAUUCAGCCCUUUUUUGACGCCACCUUCCCCGACCCUGAAACGAAAACAGCAUGAAAACUAGGAGAAACAAAAGAAAGGGACACUGUAGAGUCUGUAUGUAUUUUUUAUUUUUACUGUUUUUUGAGUGUCUCUGCGAGGAAAGGCUGAGGUCACACUGACCUCCAUUGAAGAUUACCGAGCAGUCGUCAUCACGAUGUUUUAAAUAUUUGGAUUAUGUUUUUCUUUUUUGUGUUCAGAUCAGCCUCAUGCUCCCUUCACACACACACACCCCUCCCUCAUUUCCUCUGUUCUCAUUAGGUUGCUUUAUUUAACCAAAUAAAAUGUUUGUGUAUAAAAGUCA